UCUCUUACAACACACACUCGUUUACAUAUUCUCAUCAGCAACGCUCGUUUCGUUAAGCAAUUUCACUCAUUUUUUUUAGUUAAUCCUCAACGACACAUCCAAAUCAGCCAACAUGCAGUUCACCAUCGUUGCCGCUCUUACCAUGGCCCUCGGCGCCCUCGGAGCCCCCCAGAUCGGCGGCGGCGGCGUUCCCGGCACCCGCAUCCCUCCCCCACCCGGUGACGUUACCGUCGGCCAGGCCGGUGACACCUGUGGCUCUGACCUCGACCUGAGCUGCUGUGACAAGGUCGACCAGUCCGGCGACGCAAUCAACACUGCUGAAGGCAUCCUUGCUGGUCUCCUUGAAGGUGGCUUGUUGGAGGGUGGAGAUCUUGGUCUGUUCGAUGGCUGCUCUAAGCUGAACGUUGCUGCUGUAGUUGGUCUGGACGAUCUCCUGAACAGCCAGUGCAAACAGACCCCCGCAUGCUGCCAGCACUCUGGCAUGGAACAGGAGGGUCUUCUCAACGUCGGUCUUCCUUGCGUUGCCCUUGGCAGCGUCUUGUAAAUGCCAGCUCCUUUUGAAUACAACUUGCAUAACUGGUGCACAGCAUUUUGGGGGAAUGAGAUAUGUUGGGCUGUGUUGUUGAGGAGAGUGCCAAAUUGUAUUGCUAGUAGCCUGCUUCCAGUGAUUUAGUAAAUCUAACUUCAGUCGCUCGUUAUAGUAC